CCUUGACGCGUUGACGACAUUCGCCUAACCCAGGGAUUUAAAAAGUGUCGACGCCCGUGGAUCUGCGUUUCAAUCAAUCCUGCCCCGAAAGACGACAGUGGCGCGGCGAUUGAAUUGUCUACCUUAAAGCUUAUGCACGCAUGCCGCCGCCAUCGUCGGCCUCUCGCUCGCGAUGAAGAGCAUGAGAGGCCUCUUACACACGACCAGCCUGCAAGAAGCUGAAGAGCGACGGCGAGCUUCCCAUGGCCCAGUGUCUCUUGCGGGCCAGAAGCGAAGCUGGUCAAGCAAUGAUGGCGGCCAAAGUGAGCGGGCGCCCGUGUCACACGGCCUCGUUCAGUUCCAACGCGCUGCAAGCCUCCCUGCGGCUCCAACCCGCCUGUCCGCGAGCAGCAUCGUGAGUGCGCGGAGGCAGACCGGCACGUCUGAAUACUCCCAGCGAAAGCUGUUAGCAGCCACGCCGACCUCGUCCCGGGAUCCGGAGCUGGACCUCUCCCAUCGCACAUACGAUCUGCCAUCCCAGCUUGUCGGCAACCUUGCCUCUCUAGGUAUCAAACAGAUUUACCCAUGGCAAAAGAAUUGUCUGAAAGGCCCCGGGCUUUUGGACGGAGAGAGGAACCUAGUAUACUGCGCCCCAACUGGCGGAGGCAAAUCGCUGGUCGCAGACUGUAAGCCGUAGACGUUUGGCCAGACGAGAG